AUGCAUGCCAGUCUUUGUGCAUUUUCUAUCGUAUCUGUACUAUGUCCUUGGUACCUCAAGGUGCUCCCGCCGUCUUUACCGGCACUUGGAAUUGUCUUGCAUUCCGAUCCCAUCCAACGCCAUGAACCCCUAUCUCUCUCAGACCCGAUCAUAUGUAUCUUGAAAACGGGGAAUGGACGGGGAAUAAAAAAGAGGCCGUUUCGGUGA